AUGGCCGGAGAAAAGCGCCUGCGGGAGGAUGAACUUCAGACGGAGCCGCUACUGCGCGAGAACCCUGACCGCUACGUGAUCUUCCCCAUCAAGUACCACGACAUCUGGAAAAAGUACAAGGAGGCGGAGAGCAGCAUCUGGACGGUGGAGGAAAUCGACCUGAGCAGCGACAUGGCAGACUGGGAAAAGAUGAACGACGGGGAGAAGUUCUUCAUCAAACACGUGCUGGCGUUUUUUGCCGCAAGCGACGGAAUCGUGCUGGAGAACCUGGCGCAACGGUUUAUGACGGAGGUGCAGGUGCCGGAGGUGCGCUGCUUCUACGGCUUCCAGAUUUGCAUCGAGAACGUCCACUCGGAGACGUACUCGGUGCUGCUCGACACGUACAUCACGGACGCGGAGGAGAAGGACCGCAUGCUGCACGCCAUCUCCACGAUUCCGUGCAUCAAAAAGAAGGCGGAAUGGGCCAUCCGGUGGAUUGGCAGCACCAGCUGUUUCGCCGAGCGCCUCAUCGCCUUCGCGGCGGUGGAGGGCAUCUUCUUCUCCGGCUCCUUCUGCUCGCUGUUCUGGCUGAAGAAGCGUGGCCUCAUGCCCGGCCUGACCUUCAGCAACGAGCUCAUCUCGCGUGACGAGGGUCUGCACACCGACUUUGCCUGCCUGCUGUACGAAAAUUACAUUGUGAACAAGCUGCCGAAGGAGCGCAUUCUUGAGAUCAUCAAAAGCGCGGUGGACAUCGAGCGCGAGUUCAUCUGCGACGCCAUCCCGGUGCGGCUGCUGGGGAUGAACGCGGACCUGAUGUCGACCUACAUCGAAUUCGUGGCGGACCGGUUGCUGGUGGCGCUUGGCAACGAGCGCCACUACAUGUCGAAGAACCCGUUCGACUUCAUGGAGAUGAUCUCGCUGCAGGGCAAAACAAACUUCUUCGAGAAGAAGGUUGGCGAGUACCAAAAGGCGGGUGUGAUGAGCUCGGAGGGCACCACGAAGGUCUUUUCGCUGAACGCGGAGUUUUAA